AUAAUGUAUCCGUAUCCGGUAGAGGAAUGUUCUCCGCGCUAGAGCGGCUUUGAUUUUUCCAAGAAAAUCUUUAAAAGAUCCAUUCACCGGUGAAAUUUGGCGACGAAAAAAUACUCUCAAAAUUAAUGACAGCUAAAAAGAAGCCGCGUCUUAAAACCACGACUCGGAAACCCAUAUCGGAAACUGUAAAAUCAAUAAAACCUGUUCGAGAGAGCAAUUUUGCGAAAGAGAAAAAUAAACAUUCCAAAAAGAACGUGAAAAAUAAAAUAGAAGCUAACCCUGAUAAGAAUAAACGUCAAAAGAAAACCACUAAUAAUAAAACUUCGCGAUUAAACAAUACUGAUUCGAUAAAACCAGCGAAAAGGGGUAGGAAAAAGCUUGUAAAUGGAUCAAAGAAAGAAUUUAAUAAGGAGAACAAGACCGUUACUAAGAGUAAGCCGGAUAAAGAUGUAGUGAAUUCGAAAUGCUCGAAUGCGAAUAGCGAAAAUGAAAUAACGAGAAGAGGACCUCGACGUCGCAAAGAAGCUAAAGAGACAGAAACGGUUAUAGAAGAUAAUAAAGGACAGUCUAAUGAAAAAGAUGGUAACAACAGAAAGAGGAAAUCCAAUAAUAAUACAACAAAAAAGCCAUUAAACACCACUAAAGCUUAUAAAGCAAAAAAGAAAGACUUAAAUUUAAAUUCAGACAAAUCCCCAAAGAAAAGUCCCUUAAAAUUAGAAGGUGAAAAAAAUAAAGAAAUUUUGCUUAAGCAUCGAAAUAAAAGAUUAGAGACUGUGAAUAAAAAGCGAAUAAAUCUAAAUAUGAAAAUUAAUCAUUCCGACCUCCUUAAGGACAACAGGCUGAAGAAAACACUUCUAAAACGAAAAAGGGAAGAAAACAAUUUUAAAACAGAGUUUAAAACAUCAAAUGUUAAAAAGAGAAGAGUGGUCAAAAGUAAAGAAUUAAAAAGUCAAAUUAGUGAUCUCAUAGUAAAGCAUAAGAAUGUUCGUUUAAAAAAUGAAAGAUCACCGAGAAAAGGAUCUAAGCUUUUGGAUCCGUCAAAGACUUCAAGAUAUAGACGCAAUAUCCUACCUCCUAAAAGAUUUCGCCAACUUAACGAAUUUUGCGAGAAGGAACAAAUAUCUUUGUUAAAGAAGUUUCAAAAAGAACAUCAGAAGAAAAGGAAACAAUUUAUUAACGGAGAAACGGCUCACGAAAAGACAAUUAAAUCUCCAGUGAAAAAAUCUAACAGUCCUACCUUAUUAAAGAAGGCCUCAUUAUCUAAACCUGCCUUAAAAUUAAAGAAAGCAAUUCAAAUCCUGAAUAAGAAAAGCCCAGAAAAGAUAAAGAAAGACAAACUUAAAGUCAAAAGUCCCAUUAAACUCAAUGGAAGAUGCGAGAUUUCAAAAAUUAAAGUUGAGAGAAAAAUAAAGACCAAUCCAAUUUCGGAGAGAAAAAAGAAAGAAUCACCUGUGUUAAAUAAUUCCUCUUCUCCCAAAUCGAAAGCAAGUAAACGAAUUCAUAGAAGAUCUUUUCAGCUUUAUGAAUCUGUGUGGAUAAGUUGUAAAGACGAUGGAAAGUUUAUUUGGAAAGAAGGAUUUAUAUCUCAAAAACUCCCUAAAAAAAAUUAUGUUGUUGAAACAAUUGAUGAAAAAAUCUACAAAAAGACGCAUAAUGAUUUAACACUGUUUGAGAGAGUAAGAGGAGCGGGUAUCAUCGAGAAAGAAACUGAUAGUCAAACGGCUAGUGUUGACAUUUGUACUGCAGGAAAGAAUUUUGAUCCUGAUUUAUUGAAAUUAAUUUUUAAUACUUCGGGACCGCAUAAUGCUAGCACCUCAUUUGAUGCAGAUGACAGUGAAGAACGUGAGAUCCAUCCCGAAUUAUGGUAA